AUGAGUGGCAGUUCGAAUCAGUCCGCCCGUACCAGUCCUGGGUCGUUCAACACCAACCAACUCACCCCGUCCGUCUCGUCGGGCGCAUCGCCGCCACAUCCGUCAUUCCCCUUGUCGCAGCCGCCUUCGACGGCUCAGAAUGCGAUGUCGACCGACGUGUAUCCCCCCGCCAUGUCGCAUCCGACUUCGUCGCUAACCUCCUCCUUCCCCGACCCCUUCUCCCCCCACGCCGCCUCGGCCGCUUCCUUGGACGCCGUCACCCCGACCGCCAUGCGCCACCCCGACUCCGACCGGUCCUCCCGCCGCCUCAACGGCUUCGCGCGAUCCCCCGUCUCCGGCUCCAACGCCAUCAUCAUGCGCAAACUCCCCCAGAACACGGGCCACGACGCCCUGCGCAGCAUGUUGCUCUUCUCCAAGGGCCUGGUCGAUGUCGAGUUCGUCACGGUUGACCUCGCGGAGGACGCGGGAUACAAGAGUGCGAUCGCGCGGUUCGCCUCGCCCGAUGCCGCCGAGGAAGCGCAGCAGCUGCUCCACGGCAAGCGCAACUCCACCGACAAUGCCAACAUGAUCGUGGAGCUGUACAACGGUCCGGGCCCCCGGCGCAACACCAUCGACCACUCCGCCACGUCGCGCGGGUUCCUGGGCAACGGCAUCCCCACCACCGAGUCUCGCCGCCAAUGGCCCCGCGUCGGCCGCCAGCGAUUCCUUCCCCCCUCCACCGCCGCCCCCGCCCCCGCCGAUGCCGGGAACCGCAUCCACACCCUCUUCUCUCCACAGUCGCCCAUCGGCAACGGCAUCGCCCACGACCUCCCCCGCGUCAGCGGCAAGGCGAUGAUCGACGGGGAACCGGAGGAUGACACGUCCGUGAUCCUCGAUAAUCCGCUGGCCUACGCGGAGAAAGGACACGCCGGUUCCAUCUCCUUCCGCCGGGCGACCAACCCGCCGAUCCCCACCGGCCAGUUCGCCAAUCUUUCGCUGGCGACCAACAUCUCCUCGUCCCCCGUGCCGAACUACCCCGCCGGCGGGUCCGCCGCUCACAUGGGCCUCUCCACCCCCUCCACGGCCUAUCCCCCGUCCAUGACCCCCACCACCACCACCAUGGGCGCCGGCCACGGUGUCCCAUACGGCAAACCGCACAGCAACAACCCUCACAGCAACCCCCACGGCAACCCCUCCAGGAACUCCCAUCCCUCCCGUCACAGCCACAGCCUCCCCGCGGCCAACCCGAACGACCAGAACCCGCCCUGUAACACCCUCUACGUCGGCAACCUGCCGCCGGACACGUCGGAGGAGGAGCUGAAGGCGCUCUUCUCGAAGCAGCGCGGCUACAAGCGACUCUGCUUCCGAAACAAACAGAACGGCCCCAUGUGUUUCGUCGAGUUCGAGGAUGUCGGCACGGCCGGCAAGUCCCUGAACGAGUUGUAUGGCUUCAGGCUGUCCAACAGCAUGAAGACGGGCAUCCGCCUGAGCUUCUCCAAGAACCCACUGGGGGUGCGGUCCGGCCAGUCCUCCCAGCAGGCCGCCGCCGCCGCUGCUGCUGCCGCCGCUGCGGCCAUGGCGUCGUCGGGAGUUGGACCCGGGGGCGGCGGCGGCAGCGGCGCCAACCUCGCCGGCCUGUCGGGCCACGGGUUCGCGGGCGUCACCCGACCACCCCCGGGACUGGAGUCGCAGGGUCCGCCCGGGUUGCCCCAGCCGAUCGGCAUGAGGGGUAACGGCACCCUGCACGGCCCGGGGCCCCAUGGGCCAAUUCCCAAUCCCGCCGCCGCCUACAAUUCCAAUGCGGGACUGGGGAUCCGCAGCCCCCUGCACCCGAUGAUGACCCCGACACCGCCCCCCUCGGGUGGGGCGGCCAACGGCACCAACGGCACCACCGGUCCCAACCCGGGGGGGUUCAACCCGCCCUACCCCGACUACAUGCUUGGUCGGUAG